CAAGGAGUCAGAAUCCUCGCGACCCUGAGACAGUCAGCCCUGGAAGCUGAGGACGGAGGACCGCUGGAUAUAGGACCAAUGGACAGACAGGUCGGCGAUUUUCUGGAGCUCGCUCGCCGCGGGCAGAACUGGGGACCGGGGUUCUCCUAACCGUGCUCAAUGCCCCUCCCCCGCACACUUUGGGGGAAGUUUCCAGGCGCAGCCUGGGGCAGGUCACCUGCCGUUCCUAAGAGUCUGCUCCCCACCAAGAGAAAACAUUCCGGAGGAAUGCCAGUCUACCCAUCAAUGAGGAUCCCAUGAUGUCUUCUAAUCUCCAGUGUGGCCCCAUGCUCUCCACGGAUGCCACUCCAACUUUCUUUGGUGCCCUGGGAAAAACCUGAAGCACAAGCAGAAUUGCUUCCAAACCUGCGGCUGUUUCAGUGUUGCAUGGCUGGUGCAGAACAGACGACUGGGAUUUGCUUUUUUUUUGUAUUGACCUCCGUAUUUGAACCAAAGAAUGUGCCUCGUUCUCUAGUGCGUUGGUGUCUGCUCUCUUUUGCAUUUGUUUCUGUUGCUUGUGCCUUUUUACCAUCCUUGGUCAUCACAGGAUAUCCUUAAAUUUUUCCAGCAAACUCCUUGAGGGCUGGUCCAUGGCUCUCUAAGCAGGCCGUCCAAGGGCUGUACCAUGAGGCACUGCAUCAAUUGCUGCAUCCAGUUGUUUCCCGAGGACACACACAAGCAGCAAGCUUCCUGCCAAGGAGGCCCCCAUCACGGUCAUCAAGCGUGCCCCGCUUGCAAAGGGGAAAACAAAAUUCUGUUUCGUGUGGACAGUAGGCAGAUGAACUUGCUUGCUGUUCUCGAAGUGAGGACUGAGGGCAAUGAGAACUGGGGUGGUUUUUUGCGCUUCAAGAAGGGGAAGCGAUGUAGCUUGGUCUUUGGAUUGAUAAUCAUGACCUUGGUGAUGGCUUCUUAUCUCCUUUCUGGGGCUCACCAGGAGCUUCUGAUUUCAUCUCCUUUCCAUUACGGGAGUUUCCCUAGCAACCCCAGCUUGAUGGACAGUGAGAACCCCAGUGACAUGAAAGAGCACCACUACCAACCUUCUAUAAAUAACAUCUCCUAUGUGAAGGACUAUCCGAGCAUUAAGCUAAUUAUUGACAGCAUCGCUUCCAGGAUUGAGUUUACGACCAGGCAGCUCCCAGACUUACAAGAUCUCAAGAGGCAAGAAUUGCAUAUGUUCUCUGUAAUCCCCAAUAAAUUCCUUCCGAACAGCAAGAGUCCCUGUUGGUACGAGGAAUUCUCUGGGAGGAACACCACUGACCCCUACCUGACCAACUCCUACGUGCUCUAUUCCAAGCGCUUCCGCUCUACCUUCGAUGCCCUCCGGAAAGUCUUCUGGGGCCACUUGUCGCAUGUGCAUGGCAAGCACUUCCGCCUGCGCUGCCUGCCACACUUCUAUAUCAUCGGACAACCCAAGUGUGGCACUACUGACCUUUACGAUCGCCUCCGGCUGCAUCCAGAAGUGAAAUUCUCAGCCAUCAAGGAACCCCACUGGUGGACCCGGAAGCGCUUUGGAAUUGUCCGCCUAAGGGAUGGACUACGAGACCGCUACCCUGUGGAAGAUUACCUGGACCUCUUUGACUUGGCUGCACACCAGAUCCAUCAAGGACUGCAGGCUGCCUCUGCAGAAGACCAGAGCAAGAUGAACAAAAUCAUCAUUGGAGAGGCCAGCGCCUCUACAAUGUGGGAUAACAAUGCCUGGACCUUCUUCUAUGACAACAGCACAGACGGUGAGCCACCAUUCCUGACCCAGGACUUCAUUCACGCCUUUCAGCCCGAAGCCAAGCUCAUUGUCAUGCUCAGGGACCCUGUGGAGAGGCUGUACUCAGACUAUCUCUACUUUGCAAGUUCAAAUAAAUCUGCAGAUGACUUUCACGAGAAGGUGACGGAGGCUCUGCAGCUGUUUGAAAAUUGCAUGCUGGAUUAUUCGCUGCGCGCCUGUGUCUACAACAACACCCUGAACAACGCCAUGCCCGUGAGGCUCCAGGUUGGGCUGUAUGCUGUGUACCUUCUGGACUGGCUCACUGUUUUUAAUAAGGAACAGUUCCUCAUUCUGCGUCUGGAAGACCACGCAUCCAAUGUCAAGUACACCAUGCACAGGGUCUUCCAGUUUCUAAACCUGGGGCCUCUAAGUGAGAAGCAAGAAGCGUUGAUGACCAAGAGCCCCGCGUCUAACACACGGCGUCCCGAGGAUCGUAGCCUGGGGCCCAUGUGGCCAAUCACGCAGAAAAUUUUGCAGGACUUCUAUGGGCCUUUCAACACUAGGCUGGCACAGAUCCUAGAUGAUGAAGCAUUUGCCUGGAAGACGACGUGAGAGCCGAGUCCCUUCUGCCGGAGCCGGACCUAUAGACUCUGUCAUUGCCAUGACUUUAAAAGUCUCCUGAUGGAGAACUGUCACCUACAGUGUGGAGAAAGCCACUGGCGCCCCUCUUCUCCUCCCAAGGCGAUAGUUAAUCGGAACUAUUCGACAUUUUUCUUGCCGUGUUCAACAGCUCUGCUCUUGAAUUCUUCCACCUGAAGCCUUGGAAAGUACACUGGAGCUAGAGUCCUGUCUGUUCCCAGAGUACCUUGGAGCUUAAGAGGGUAGACUGGCAUCCAGUUUGUAGGAAGAGGAGGUUUGGGGAACCCACAGACCAGCCCUGACCUCCUACCUCCAGGAGAGCUUGUCUGGGUGUAGGAUUGGACAGCUCUGAGAUCCGAUUAAGUCCAAGCUCACUAGAGGCCGUGCUUUCGGGCUGACUGGAACCACCCUUCAUGUGUUAUUUCCCGGUACACCUUGCGUAAAUGGCUAACCCCAUCUAGAAGAGAAGGAAGCUGGUUGGAGAAGAGAGGCACUUUUCAUUUUGGUUUGUAUUCCCAAGUCAGUCCUUCAGUGACAUCAAAAAAUAAGCCCUGUUCCCUUUGCUGUGCCCAAAACAAAACAAAACAAAACACCCUGGCGUUUGGCAGCGUGCUAUCUCUCUGACCUCCUAUUCUGCCCCCGCAGACUGUAUUUAUGCCCAGCAUAGAGAAGGGGCACUCUUAAACAAACUGCGUCUUGAAUUUGACUAACUCAGCCUCUCUUUUCUGCGCCUUUGGAUGUUUUCUCAAGAAAUUCAGUUUGUAUUUGGAAAGGAAAGUUUUGGUGUUAAUGCCGGAAUAGAGCAACCUCCAGGCAUGGAACAGUUGGCGGGAAAGGAAGUGAAACCCUCGCCAUAUGUGGAAGGUCACCAGAGAGCGCAAGCUGCGUCGGUUUCUGGUUUUGGCUCAUUACAGGCUCCCUCCCUCCGUCUUCCUGUUGGAAGAAUCUUUUACCCACAUUCUUUGUCGUGUGUGGCCAAAGUUCCAUACUCACGAAGGAUCUUAAGACACCUGUGUCCUCAGAAACACAUCUCACAGACUUAGCUUGGGCUAUAUGUGGUGUGUGGUGACGAGAUAGCUUGGCUCUCUCUAUGGACCUUUCUGGACCUUUUUAGGAACUUGGUUUGCAAUGGGUAAGCUGAAGGUCUUGUCAUCCAGGGAAUACCAGAGAGAACAGCUUAAGCCCAUUUGGCACACAGGGCCAGGUGGAAUGUCACAAAGCUCCCCCCCUGGAGUAUUGUCAAGGGAUGCUUCCUGGGAAGCUGUAUUCUCAGGUCAGGAUCCUGUCCACCAGCGUCAGAAAGUGUACACACUACAUACCCGACUGUCACGUGAAUGUGUGAGAAGAUCCUGGCGUUGGUGGCAGGAGGAAGCGCAGUUGCUCGGCUGUGUUACUCCUUCUGCUGUCCACCAUUGCUGGUUUGGGACUCUCAGCCCAUGGGAAAGUUCGAAAGAGCUCUGAGCAUCAGCAUGGACUGGGCCAGCUCUGCUACUGAAGGGGCUGUGUGUCUUGAAGUCUGCAUUCCAGGACAAUCCCCCUUUUCUCACAGCCUGCACUUGGCUGAGUCGCCAGUGGGGAAAUCUGGCCUGAGUACAAGGAUGCUUUGGGAAGAAAUGAUGAGAGAGAGAGAGAGAGAGAGAGAGAGAGAGAGAGAGAGAGAGAGAGAAUGAAUAUUUAUUUGGAAUACUGUGUGUGUGUACGCGUGGCCGUGUGGCGUGUUGGAAGAGCGCACAUGCGUGUGGGUGCUUACACUGAGUGGGUUCCCCUCAGCUAUCUUGCUGAUGAGGCUUCUCCCUCCAUUAGAGACACAAUGCCUUUAUGGAUUAAUUUCUCCACCAGUUAGCCUGUCAUUUCCAGAACAUAUCUCUCACCACCCCAUCCCAUCCACAAUUAUAAGACAUUUUUCUUGCGCACUCCUAUGCAUGUGAAUAACAUGUAGCGUAACUCUGCUUCUUACAGAAGUAUUGCCAAAGGUAUUAUUUCCAAUAUUAUUUGGUUCAUUGCUGAUCUUUUAAAAUAUGCAGCCCCUCCCCUUCUUCCAUCCGGGGCUCUCCAGACCCGGUUUUGCCUCUAAUGGUCUCUCCCCAGGCGUCACCAGCAUUGCCUUUGCUUUUGCUCGGUCGAGGCCUCCACUUGUUUGAGAGCACAGGUAGUGUUUUGGGUGGUAGCUCCCUAGCGUGUCACCCCAAACCAAAGCAAAACACAGACCUGGUACCGAAGACACUUCAUAUUCCCAAAGCUGUGUGCCAGGUCGUAUGAAACCUUCCCUCCCUGUGUCAUAUAAGGUAUGAUAUGCGAGUCACAUUUAUUCUGUACUUUUAUUCAUAUUUAACAUAAUUAAAGAUGGACCCACACAACUGGUGCCUGUAGGGAGUGGGCACUCCAUCACAA